UGGCGAAGUCGGAGGCGUCAGUGGUGACAUAGAAAUGGCGAGUGGGAUCGGCGAUCUUGAGGAUAGGGGUCGUGGUGAUGGUUUGCUUGAGUAAGUCGAAGGCGUGUUGGCGGCGAUCGUUCCAAUGGAAGGGCUCGUCCUUGCGGGUGAGUUCGUGGAGAGGGUAAGAGAUCUCGAAAAAGUUGCGAAUGAAUGGGCGGUAAUAGUUGGCAAGGCCRAGGAAGGAACGGAGUUGGAGGAGGGUCUUGGGUGGGGGUUACUCGACGAGGGCUGUGACCUUCGAGGGGUCCAUACGGAUGCCUUCAGCGGAGACAAUGUGGCCGAGGUAUUCGACGCUCGAAGCGGCAAACGUGCAUUUGUUGAGCUUGGCGUAGAUUUUUUGCUCUCGGAGGAUCGCGAGGACUUGGCGAAGGUGCUGAAGGUGGGACUCGAAGGUGGGGCUGAAGACAAGGAUGUCAUCAAGGUAGACGACGGCACAGACUUCGAGAAGGUUGCGGAAGAUGUGGCUCAUAGUGGGUUGGAAGGUAGCGGGGGCAGUGGUGAGUCCGAAUGGCAUCACGAGGAACUCGUAGUGCCGAAACCGGGAGCGGAAGGCGGUCUUGUGGGUGUCCUCCUCGCGGAUACGGAUCUGGUGGAAGCCACUACGAAGGUGAUAGUGGAUGGAUUUGGAAGAAGGGUAGAGGAGCAGAGGCAGUGGGAGGCGUUUGUGACGCCUGGGAGUUGUCUGGUGGAGGGAGUGUCGCCAGAGAGGGGGGAGGCAAACGAAUUGUCGAUGCCAGAUGGGCCAUCGGUGGGACGGAGGACGUCACCAAUGGUUGGGCUGACACACGCGAUGUCGAUGUCGGGUCAAUGUCCUGGGGACUGUGUUCAUGAUGAGGAGGGGCCCGCGCUUGCCGAGGGCGGUGAUGCGGAGGUUGCGGGUCAAGUGGAGGUGGACUGGCGGGUGAAUCGUGCGGCGUUGGGGCAGUUGGUUUGUUGGUGCCCCAAUUGGCGACAACGGAAGCAACCCCCUUUUGCUUGGAGGGGUGAUGUGGUGGAAAAAGCAGGUGCGGGAGGUGUCGGGGGGGAUCUGGUGGGGGGGGUGGAGGAGUCGAUCAAGGUGGAGCAUGCGAGAGAGGAGGUCAGCAAGGGGCAUGUCGGGUUCGUGGGCGAGGGCGGUUGCAAGGUCUUUGUGGCAUACUCGUUUGAUGCGGGAGAUGAACGCGCAGUCGGGAAUGACGGUAUGGGGGAGGUGGUGUCGGAGGGAGCGGACGUAUUGAAUGAAGCGGUCCGUGGGACCGGUCUGGCAAAGGUGGCAGAAUUGUUCAAGGUUUGUGCGGUGGUGACUACCGUGAUGGAGGGGAUGGUCCCUUCGAUCGUGGUGACGCGGUCGCAUAUGGACGACAUGUUGGCCUUUAUGUCGUCGAGAGAGGCGGUGACGGAGGUUCGGAGGGUGUUGAGUUCGAGGAGGAUGGCGGAGAGGUCGGGGGUGGCGGUGUUUGCUGGUGGUUGUUUGCCUGCGAGGUUACGGGCGAUGCUAUCGACUGAGUCGGUGCGGAUGUCAGACAUGUUGAUGGAGGAUGUGGCCAUGUCAGGGAAAGAGGGGGUGGAUGACGUGGCCUGAACGAGUGUGGAGGAUGCAGCAGCAGCGGUGGCGGCGGCAGCAGCACGUUGGGAGUUCUUGGCUUGGCGUGGUGGCAUGUGGAGGGGGGGGGGGGAAUCCCUUAUUUAUUUAUCAAUAAAUUUAAAAAUAAAGAUAAUCGCCAAUUUUAUUUUUAUUUUUAUUUUAUUUUUUUCAAAAAUAAACGUUGAACAGAAAGAGAGAAUUAAUUUCGAAAAAAUAAAUUCUGAUUUAGAUU